AUGAGCGACGUCACUGCGUCUCGGGCAGAAGUUAUGGAAACCGUAUACGAACUCUCCCGUUUGCUCAAUACCGGACUAGACCGCGACACUUUGGCUAUCCUCAUGGCGCUCAUUCAAAAAGGCGUCAACCCAGAGGCACUGGCUGCCGUCGUAAAGGACCUGCGAAACGACGCAGCUGCAGCAGCAACAGCAGCUGCAACAACACCGCAGCACGAACGGACGGAAAUUCCACGUGAACGGACGAUAACUGGUGGCAAGCAGCCGCUGUCGACUCAGGAACUCCAGAAGAAACACCGGUCGGACUACUAG